GGGGGAUAUGCGAACGUAGACGGAUCGCACAAGGGGAAUGUAAGGAACAGUUCAGUGUCAGCCGACGAAGGAGUGUUAUUUCGUCGUCGUUCGGUCCAAUUUUCCGUCAGGUGUACUGUUCCUUCGUUUCGCUGACAUAACACAAAUGAAACGUAGGAUAGACAGGCACGUGAUUAAAGGAACGAUCGACUAGACUUGUAAGUUGUCACGAACAUCGAAGCAGUUCGUUGUUGGCUAAAAAACGAUCGGUCUAUUCGCGCACGACAUGUGGCCAACGUUUCGAAACGGUUUAAGACUCUUCGCUAAAAAUAUAUUUGCCAAACGAUCGAAGUGUUGCGAAAUUAGUGAAGGCACAGAUCAGUGAUGUUCUAAUACAGAUUUAUCUAUACCUGAUUAUGUGAGUGACAAUGUGCUUCCGUCACCCGGUCUUUCGGACAUAGUUGUGAUACCAUGAAAAUUCAUGAAACUCGACUCCAGGGAACAAUCUCUUGGUUAUUCACGUGUCGUGAAAUCCUCGUAAUCAUCUGUCAGUCUAUUUGUAUUGCUCAAGGAAACGAGCGCGAUUCAGUGAAAUAUCAUCGCGCAUCGAUGGAGUUUGUUGCCGUUGUUAAAUGGAUUUUCUUGUAACAUGCUAUUCAUCUAAAAGUCAGAAAUUCAUAAUGAAAGCAUGUCAUUGUUAAAAAUAAUGAAGAAACUACCAUUCACCUUGUUCAUUCUGCCAGACACAGCAAGUUUGGUACGCGAGUAUCUGGUGGUGAAAUAAUAACCGAUCGAGAAAAUUCACUAGUGGUGAAUUUCAAUUGGAUUCGCCGUGUCCCGUCAUGUCGCGAAUUGACAGCUAUACGUUAGAUAUUAUACUAUCGUUUCUAACCUCAUAAAAAACGCGCGAACACUUAACAUGUGCGACAAGUUGUGAUUUAUGUGAGCUAUAUAAACGAGAAGCAGAACAAUUACAACUCGUGAGCGGAGUAUGAACACCGUUUAUCAGGUUUUGGUAUAAUGAAGCCAUCCACGAAAAUGGGAGUGGUAGCCUUAAUAGGUCUGUUCGUGGUAUUCUACCAGUAUCAUUUAUCCACCAGCGUGCGAUUCGAUCAGAUGAUUGACUUUAACACGGGUGGCUCCGCCGAAGAAAGCCCUGUUCUAUCCCAGGAAGAAGUAGAACACUAUGUAAAAACAUCGAAGCUCACAGAAGAAAUGAUAAAAAGUGCUGUGCGUAGGGUUCAAGAGACAAACGGACUUAGUCCAGAGAUAGCAUCAAUGUUAGUGCAGCAGCUAAUAAAUCAUUUACAUAAGAAUAUCUUCGAGCCACCUGAGAAUAAUUCAAGGGUCCGACGACCUAUGCUUGCACGGUUCGAAUAUGGCCGAAAUACAACGCCAGACCAACAAGAGUCAUCGGUGAAGUGGAACAAAACGCUAGAACCGCUGUACAUAAUCACACCAACAUAUCGUCGACCAGAACAAAUCCCGGAGCUCACCAGGAUGUCGCACACUUUGAUGCUGGUGAAGAACGUUCACUGGCUAGUUAUCGAGGACGCGACCGUUGCUACCAGACAAGUCACGAGGUUGCUGGAACGAACAGGAUUGAAGUUCGAGCAUCUAACUGCUCCGAUGCCCGAAAAGUACAAGCAGAAAAAGGGUGCCAAACCGCGAGGCGUAUCUAAUCGAAAUCGUGGCUUACAAUGGAUCAGGGCGAAUGCAACUAAUGGCGUUUUUUAUUUUGCCGAUGAUGACAACACCUAUGACAUAGCACUCUUUGAUGAGAUACGUAAAACAAAACGAAUCUCUAUGUUCCCGGUGGGUUUGUGCACCAAAUUUGGAUUAAGUACACCCAUCAUCAAGAAUGAUAAGUUUAUCGGAUUUUAUGACGGUUGGAUCGCCGGUCGGAAGUUCCCAGUCGACAUGGCAGGUUUUGCCGUAAGUGUGAAGUUCCUGCUUCAAAGGCCGAACGCAGCAAUGCCAUUCAAAGCUGGCUAUGAGGAAGACGGUUUCUUGAAAAGUCUAGCGCCAUUCGAACCAAAAGAAAUCGAGUUUCUGGCUGACAAUUGUACCAGGGUGCUUGCUUGGCACACGCAAACAAAGAAAAAUGAACCGAGUGCGCCUCUUGAUAUGAGAUUAUACAGUGAAACGAACCUAGUUAAAUUAAAGCAACAAAUAGUAUGAUGUUAAAUCGACUAUGACUGCAUUUACGAGUUCAAUCUGAUUUUUAUCAUUAAUAAGUACGACAAACAAAGUGAUUCAGUGCCUGAAGUAUUGUAAAGUACGUUUGGCGUAGUAAUAAUAUUUUUUCUAAUUUUUUAUUGUUAAUCUUCAAAAAAAUUUAAAGAAAUCUCUAGUUCAUUUAAAAUAGAUUAAUUGCUCAAGAUCAUUUCCUCCGUGACGUUACUUUUUUUACCCGCAAGGUAGACCACCGAGUUUAUCAUUUAGAGUUGUGUGAGUUAUUUGAUCGUUGUUAAUCUUGAGCAAUCAAUAAAUUUGGAAUAAAGUAUAGUUUAUUUCGUAACGUAGUUUCUAAAAGAAUCUGACAUGCAAAGAAAAUGAGAACUAAUGUAAUAUUAUUGGAAAGCUACGAUUCUGUUUAAUGCAGAAUGUUAUUUUACAUAUUAAUAUUUAAGUUUUGGUUAUGAUUAGUACGUAAUGUAUAGGGUAAAGACCAAUUAGCGCAGGUGAAGUGAUUCGAUUAAAAGUUACCUGGCGUGACGAUAUUAUGCUAGGAAAUAGGAGGACUGUAUGUUGCUUCUAACGAUAUAGAGAGAUUGUAAAUUAAUGUAUGUAGCGGCAGCGAUCUUGCUAAAAUGAAACUGUUGAUGACACCAACAUUCAGAAUCGUCUUCAA